ACAAAUUAUAGGGCGUGAGAAUAUGCUAACUGGCGGGACGAUGUUCGCUUUUUCCCGAUUAAGCGCAAGAUCUUUUUUACUAAAGUCACUCGUACAAAAAUCGAACUCUAGGUUGUGUUUUGGUGUGGUAAGAAAUAUGUCGUAUACUUGUCAGCAUCAUGGGUCUGCAUAUACAUCUGAUUACAGAUUGUUUUUAAGAAAUGAGGCUGGUUUAAUUUCACCAUUUCACGACAUUCCAUUGUUAGUGCAAGGAGAGAACAAUGUUUACAACAUGGUUGUAGAAAUUCCACGAUGGACUAAUGCAAAAAUGGAGAUUUGUACUAAAAGUAAACUUAACCCAAUUAAACAAGAUACAAAAAAUGGAGCAGUUCGAUUUAUAAAAAAUGUGUUUCCUUAUAAAGGUUAUCCUUGGAAUUAUGGAGCUUUGCCACAGACUUGGGAGGAUCCAAAUCUUAUUGAUGAGCACACUAAUGCAUUUGGUGAUGGUGAUCCUGUUGAUGUAAUAGAGAUAGGUUACAAAGUUGCAGAAAGAGGAUCUGUUUUGCAAGUUAAGUUGCUGGGUGUCUUAGCUAUGAUUGACAAUGGUGAAACAGAUUGGAAAGUAAUAGCAAUUGAUGUAAAUGAUCCUCUAGCUUCAAAGCUUAAUGAUAUUGAUGACGUAAAAGAAGUGAUGCCUGGUUUACUUGAAGCUACAGUAGAGUGGUUCAAAAUAUAUAAAAUGCCUGGUGGAGAUCCCCCAAAUAAGUUUGCUUUUAACGGUGAGGCUAAGCAUAAGGAGUUUGCUACUGAGAUUGUCUUGCAAACACAUAGUAGAUGGGAAGAAUUAGUUACAAAAAAAAUUGAAAAUGUUAAGAAUAUUGCAUGUGAAAACGUGACUUUAGAAAGUUCUCCAUUUAAAAUUAGCCAUAAGGAUGCCGAUGCCAUAUGUGCCCUUCUUCCACCUCGAUCAGCAUGUGCACCCAUUCCUGCUGAAGUUGAUGCUAUGUUUUAUUUAAGUGAAAAGGCCAAGCAAAGCGUUGUGUUUGGUAUAGUCAGAAAUAUGUCGUAUACUUGUCAGCAUCAUGGGUCUGCAUAUACAUCUGACUACAGAUUGUUUUUAAGAAAUGAGAUUGGUGUAAUUUCACCGUUUCACGACAUUCCAUUGUUAGUGCAAGGAGAGAAUAAUGUUUACAAUAUGGUUGUAGAAAUUCCAAGAUGGACUAAUGCAAAAAUGGAGAUUUGUACUAAAAGUAAACUUAACCCAAUUAAACAAGAUACAAAAAAUGGAGUAGUUCGAUUUGUAAAAAAUGUGUUCCCUUAUAAAGGUUUUCCAUGGAAUUAUGGAGCUUUGCCGCAGACUUGGCAGGAUCCAAAUCUUGUUGAUGAGCACACAAAUUCAUUUGGUGAUGGUGAUCCUGUUGAUAUCAUAGAGAUCGGUUACAAAGUUGCAGAAAGAGGAUCUGUUUUACAAGUUAAGUUGCUGGGUGUUUUAGCUAUGGUUGACUAUCGUGAAACAGAUUGGAAAGUAAUUGCAAUUGAUGUAAAUGAUCCUUUGGCUUCAAAGCUUAAUGAUAUUGAUGACGUAAAAGAAGUGAUGCCUGGUUUACUUGAAGCUACAGUAGAGUGGUUUAAAAUAUAUAAAAUGCCUGGUGGAGAUCCCCCAAAUAAGUUUGCUUUUAACGGUGAAGCUAAGCAUAAGGAGUUUGCCACUGAGAUUGUCUUGCAAACACAUUGUAGAUGGGAAGAAUUAGUUACAAACAAAAUUAAAAAUGUUACGAACAUUGCAUGUGAAAACGUUACUUUAGAAAGUUCUCCGUUUAAAAUCAGUCAUAAAGAUGCCGAUUCUAUUUGUGCCCUUCUUCCGCCUCGAUCAGCAUGUUCACCGAUUCCUGCUGAAGUUGAUGCUAUGUUCUAUUUAAGUGAAAAGGCCAAACAAAGCCAACCAAACCAACCAAAGCCAAGCUAAAUAAGCAAUUAACUUUUGAUUUCGAUGCAUCUAAGUUCUUUACUCAUAAAUAAGCCGUUUUGAAAACACCA